AUGUUCAAUUUCCGCGCCAUUCCAUACAAUCCACCAACACAUUCAGGCAUGACGAUGUUGUCUGUUGGAGAUGUAAAUGCAAGUGAAGAGAGAGACUCUGGAUCCAUUUUAAGCACAUGUUUUCUCUUUGUGCUUUCAUUCCUAUUCUUCUCGAUUUUUUUUCUUCUUUUUAUUGUCUGCCCCCAAACUGUUGUUUCUUUCUUUCAAAGUUCUUUCUGUCUUCCGUAUAUUCCGACAUAUUUUCUUCUUUUUUACUCUAAUCUUCUUUCACUCUCUUCUUCAUUCCUUCUUUUCUUUCUUUAUUCCUUUCUUUUUUUUUCUUUCUUUCUUUCACUAAGUUCAUUUUCUAUAUCAAUAUAUUUCUUCCUUUUCUUUUUCAUUUUUAAUUUGUUCGUAAAAUACUUUAAUCAUUUUCACUUCUUUCUUUUUUAUUUCAAUAUUUCUUUCUUUCUUUCUUUCUUUCCAUUCUUCUACAAAACUCUUUUUUCUUUCAUGUUUUUAAUUUAUUCGUAUAUACUUUAA